CAUCUCAGGCGUGCCCAGCUGUAGGGGCUUAGGAGUUCUUGCACUUGGGGGAUACAGUGACAGCCUGCAAGACUCUCCCAGCAAGCGUGCAUUUAUGGGUGGGCAGGGCACCUCUCCCAUAGCCUCUUUCACACAGUUUAUUAAUAACAGAAGAGACAGUUUGUACCGAUGAAAUGUCCAGUGCAGAAGAGGAAGGCGAGAACUGCCAGGGGGAGAGGGAGACUGAAGGAUCGCCAAGAGCAUCCUCUGAUGUAUCUCCGGAACCCCUUUCCUUGCAAGAUGUCGGGGUGAGAUUCCAGUUUUGUAUUGCAGCAGUGGAAGACUUAGAGCGGGAACGUGAGGAGCUAGUUCGUGAAUUAUCACUUCUUCGGGAACCUUCCCUGGAAGCCGUGAGGCAGGCACAUGAAGAGAUAGUACGGGCAUUUGGCGAGAGAGCUAGGGUGGAGCUGGAGAGGGAUACUCUGAAAGAAGAAAUACGUCUAGUACGGCGUAGACUGUUUAGGGUGACCAGGGAAUGUGUUGCCUCUCAGUACCAACUUGAAAGGCAAAAACAAGAGCUGACACAAAAAGAAGCCGAGCAAGAGAGCUUGGAGACAUUAGCUGCACGUCUGACAGAGGAGCUCAACCAACUCCGUAAUACAUUUGCUCAGCAGCGGGAGAGUCAACAUCAACGCCUUAGAGCUCCCCACCCAAGAUACACCCCAUGUGAGUUUCAGGACCGGAGGCGUCUAUCCGUGGAGCUGCAAAGCCUAAUUGAAGAGCAGCACAGUUCCCUGGAAGAGCAUUAUGAGCCAAGAUUAAUGCAGCUUUUGGAGCGUACUGAAAGAGGGGCUAAAGCACUGCAGGCAGCCCAGGAAGAGCUGCAGAAGCUGCAGGAGGAGAUCAGGCCACUUGAGGCUGCAGCCAACCGUCUGCGGGUGGAGAAGAACUGUCUUCAGGAGCAAAUUGCUCUCUUGAAGAGGAAAAAAGAAGAUGAGGCAUUGCUGUACCGGGAACAGUUGCAGGAACUGGAGGAUACAAAGCGAGAAAUGAAGAUUUCAGUCCAGUUACAACAGCAUCAUAACAAAGAGAUAGAGGAACUACGGAAAAGUUUAGCCCAAGAGCUUGCAAUUUACAAGGGAUGCCUUGAAUUAUAUGGGCAGCUCUUCAGGUCUGUGGCAAAAAAGGAAUGACUGAACUUUCCACCUAAGAAUUAUGCAGCCCAGUCAUAGGCACAACCACACAUGGAGCCUCAGAUAUGUAAACAUCGAGACAAGCCUACAUACGUAAGGGACAAUUGUGGUUUCAUAAUAGCAUAAAUGCAGGCUAUGUGCCAGUCCGCAGCAUACAUGCACCGGUUGGAUUCACAGAAUGUCCAUUGAAGGUUAUAACAGUGGAACACGAGAGAUGUUAACUAUGAGAAAUGCGUGAGGAGGGCUGAUUUGACGUAAACCCUUGCUCAAUAAAAUAAUCAAGACAGACGUUAAAAAUACUUUAAAACCAUCC